AUGGAUGGACUGCGUAUCCCUCGAUGUUAUUUUCCGGAUUAUGAUCCAGAGAGUCUACACAACAUAGAACUACACGUGUUUGUAGAUGCUAGCACACAGGCCUUUGCAGCGGUAGCAUAUUUCCGCAUUUUUGACCAUGGGAAGGUAAGAGUCACAUUAGUGUCGUCGAAAACCAAGGUUGCACCACUCCGUGAACUCUCAGUACCACGACUGGAACUGAUGUCAGCGGUACUUGGUGCUCGAUUACGAAGGAGUAUAGAGGAGAAUCAUUCGCUGAAGAUUCAACGAACCUGGUUUUGGAGCGAUUCGUCUACGGUUUGUUCCUGGAUCAAGUCUGACACACGCCGGUAUCGCCAAUUCGUCGCUUUCCGUGUGGACGAAAUACUAAGCCUGUCGAACGUCAACGAGUGGCAAUGGAUUUCAACGAGGGUCAACGUUGCUGACGAAGCCACUAAAUGGGGAAAAGGUCCCUCUUGCAGCAUGGACAGUAGAUGGUUUCAAGGGCCCGAGUUUCUCUACACCUGGGACGGAGGUCAAAUGUCGGUUCCAGAAGACGUCGCGGACGAAUGCGAAACGGAGUUACGGGAGGCGUACGUUUGUAGUCACCUAAUCAAGCAACCAGUCGUAGCAGCAGAAAGAUUUUCGCGAUUUGAAAGAAUGUUACGUUCUGUAGCGUAUGUGCAUCACUUCGUGGAAAGUUCCCGUGCACCAAAGAAUAACGAAUCGACGAAGACGGUUGGACUAACCAGUGCGGAAAUCCAAAAAGCAGAGAGGACCUUAUGGAUGAUUGCGCAGUCGGAGGCAUUUCCGGAGGAAGUAACGAUCCUGAAACAAAACUUGGAAAGGGAUUGUGCACGCCAGAAGCAAGUAAAAGCAGGUAGCAACCUCUUGAAACAGUCUCCAUUUGCAGACGAGUACGGUGUAUUACGAGUAGGCAGUAGAGCGGGAGAUGCGCAAGUACUUGCGUACGAUGCGAAGUUUCCCAUAAUCCUGCCAAGAAAUCAUCGGAUCACGGAGCUGCUGUUGGACUUCUAUCACCGCAAGUACGGACACGCUAACGAUGAGACUAUAGUCAACGAAGUGCGACAGAGAUUUCACGUGCCGCGACUACGAGUGGAAAUGGGACCGCUUCCAGCGGUACGGCUGCAACCAGGUAUACGUCCUUUCACAUACACAGGAGUAGAUCUCUUCGGACCGUAUUUGGUGAAAGUAGGGAGAAGCGUGGCAAAGCGAUGGGUGUGCCUUUUCACCUGUCUCACCGUUAGAGUUAUUCAUCGCGAGGUAGUUGCCAGCUUGUCCACCGAUGCGUGCAAAAAGGCAAUCAGGCGAUUCAUCGCACGACGGGGAUCUCCUAUAGAAAUUUACUCCGACAACGGAACAAACUUUGUGGGAGCGAGCCGUGAUCUGCAGGACGAAAUCAACCGGAUUCACACUGAAUUGGGCAGCACUUUUACUAAUGCUCAAACUCAGUGGAAGUUUAACCCUCCUGCCGCUCCCCAUAUGGGGGGCUGUUGGGAAAGAAUGGUUCGGGCAGUGAAAUCGGCACUCAGAUGUAUUCCAGAGGCGCGCAAAUUGGAUGACGAAUGUUUCGUUACGGUGUUGACAGAAGCAGAGAGCAUGGUCAACUCUCGACCAUUAACGUUUGUCCCAUUGGAAACCGCUGAUCAUGAAGCGUUAACCCCAAACCAUUUCCUGCUUCUGAGCUCCAACGGUGUGCGAGAGCCGGAGAAGCUUCCAACCGAUCCUGGGAUGGCGUUGAGGAAUAGCUGGAGUCUGGUGAAGCACACGCUGGAUAACUUCUGGCGUAGGUGGCUGGUGGAGUACUUACCAACUAUCAUUCGUCGAACGAAGUGGUUCCGUGAUGUUAGACCGCUCAAGGUAGGGGAUCUUGUGCUCGUAGCCGACGAGAAUGCUCAAAAUCGAUGGUUGCGAGGCCGUAUCAUUCGGACGAUCCCGGGUAAGGACGGAGUAACCCGUUCAGCGGAAGUACAGACGACGAGCGGAAUACUAAAGAGACCUUCUACGAGAUUGGCUGUGUUGGACGUGGCUAGUUCAAGUGACGACCAACCGGAAGUUGAUGCGACACGGCGGGGAGGAUGUUCGCCGCCACAGCCCAUAGUAGAUCACGUAACGCGGUCAAAAGGUGGUUCUGUCAUCGGCGUGGAUGACAAGCAGAAUUGGACGAAUAAUACAAAACGACAGACUGACGAUAAACAGUGA